UGGUAGAACUGCAGUAUUGUAUUUAAUGUUUACAGGUCUGGACAGAUGUUGAACGCAUUAUACUAUAUGUGUACAAUUAUACACUCGCAAUUCACACAUCAUCACUUAGGUCAGGAACAGUCUUUCAUUACACUGUAAAAUAUAAUGGAUUAUUAUACAGUACUCAAAGCUGACUGUGAAAACAGAAAGGCUUGAGUUGUGUCCGGGAAUUACAUUUUGAAAGCUGAAGAGGAAAAAGCCUUCAUGCUGUACUGUGCAUUUCCCAGUGGGUCUCUUGCAUUGUAUUAUUUCAGUAACGAGUAAUGCAAGGCUUUUAGUCUUCCGAUUGUUUGUCCAUAUUGUUUUAACAUCAGAAUGACAUUUACUUUUUUUUAAAGAAAAAAAUAACGCUUAGUUUGCAAUAAUUUGCAAUAGUGAUUGGAACAUUCUGCAUUACCUUUUUUUCUCCCUGAGAAUUUCUCUUCGCGGGUACCGUUGUGAAUAUAUGUUAUUAACAGUUUCUCCAGAAAAACUUUGCAAAAAUCCUACUUUUAUUUAUUUUUUAAAUGUUGAGACGCCCAGGGAAAAUCUGAAAGGAAAACCAGGAUCUUAUAACAAGCGUUACAAGCAAUAUUUAGAGAUAUAUACCUAGUAUCAUGUAUGACUCCAAUGAAAGGUUUCUUUGGUACUUUCUCGCUUUUCCUCGAAAGUGCAGCAUUGGGGUCUCUUUCUCACCGUAUGUAUUUCCAUAAUUAAAGUACACACAUAUAGGAAUGUGUGUUUACGCUACUAACAAGAUGUGUGCCUGUCUGCGCUGGGCGUGCUUUAAUUAUUUAAGUUAGUGUUUAUAUGGGACGUUCUAGCACCUGCUUCAUGUUCGGAUUUGUUCAACUGCACCUCAUAAUCCGAUGACCAAUUUCAGGUUUGAAAGGAAACAGGAGAUUCACGAUGCAUAGUUUAAAGAUGUACAACUAAAAUAAUCCUAAUCAGAGAAAUGGCAACCAGGAACUAGGUGUAAUACCCAGCCCACAUUAACUCUCGCUUAACAUUUCAAAAUACGGCUCCAGCUCAACCGUAACGACUCCAGCACUUUUUCUCCGGAUGCACAGACGACUGUGCUGAAUAGGAGUCGGUAGGUACAUGCUAGGGAAGGGUGCUCCUGCGGGCAUGAGAUACCCACUAGAGAGGAUAAAAUAAAUACCAGAUCCUUCUCCCUCUCCCCCACUCGGAGCCCAAAGAUUUGUUUAUUUUCUAAUAAUGUUUUCCUCCAAGAAAUCUAUUUCUUGCGGACUGCUUUAUGAGCUCUCGGGGCAGAAAAAAUCAGAACAAAGACAGUAUUUCACUCCUUGCUUGGCAGGCAGCUGUUAAAGGUAUUUACUGCUCUACUGCAGUGCGGCAGUGAAUGCUGCUGGCAGGGCUGGAGGAAAAAAAACCAGGAAGUUAAAGGAAAAGAUAAGACACCAUAAAUGCUGCAGUGAAGCAGCUGGGCACGGCUGAGCAUCACAAACACUGACCUGGACAAGAGACCAUCAAAAGAGAAAAAAUACCCCCCAAAAAACUCAACUGGAGUGUUGCGCUCGCUUGCUGCAAACCGGGAAAGACCUUAAUUGUGUAAUCUCAAAGCGGGUGCCAAGAAAAGCUUCCUGGAGUUCCCGCCCCGCCUCGGAAAGUCAUGCCCCGUGGCAGUGGGUUUUGCCAGUCAGAGCCCCACGGGUUAGAGCAGCUCGCGUGGAGAAGAGGGUUGGAGUCCUUGGAGCUCGCGGGUGAGGCCGCUUCUGCGUGGAGCAGGAGCAGUGCCACGUGUGUGCCCGCCUGCUUGGGGAAGCGCGCAGCUGUUCCCACCGCGGGGGCACGCGCGGGUGUGCAGGGCAGGCAGAUUCAAUAGCCCCGUCCGACCUGCAAAGGCCCGGAUUCCCCGGGGCAAGUGGGAUGCUGACUGAUGUUCGCUGUUCCCCAAAGCCCCCGGUCAGAGCGGCCCUGCGGCGGUGCUGGCCCUGGCUGCGGUGGGGCGCUGUCUCCUGCCCGGCUGCCAGAACCUGCCUGCCCCCGCGGCAAAGGUGGGGGCUGCUUUUGAGCCCCACUGCAGGCUCCUUUUGGACUGCCCUGUUUCCUGCCGGCGGCUCUGCGAGGCUGAUGGAGGAGGAAGGAGGGCGAACCCGGAGGGGCUCAGUCCGGCCCCAGGUGCCAAAUCUGCCAGUUCAGAAAAUCGUAAUAUGACUGUGCAGAGAACUCUUUUUACGUGGAGACACGGAUUGGUUUUACUUCCUGAAAUGUACCUACUUACGGUGCCUUUGUAGCCAACUCCACUCGGGCACGAUGCCAGGGCAGGAGACCAGAACCAGCAUCCUGCAGGGCUGUGUCCAAAUCCAGCCUGUCUGCCACCAUGCUCAAGAUGGUGCUUACCCAGUAUGGUGACGCCCAGACGAGAUGUGAAAGGAAUCCCUUCUCAGGAACACAUUUCCUACUUGCCUUUCCUGAAGAGACGUAUUCAACCCCCGGCACGACUCAGCAGACCUGUCCUUUUAACCAGAGCUACUGUACUGACCGACUUUCCCAUUUUGAAGCCGAGCAGUGAUAGAUUAUUAAUUGGUGCCCAGCUUGCUUCAUGCAAAGGUUUGACACAAUGGAAAGACGGCUACAUGAAUCCCAAUUACAACGGAGGGGAACCUAAGCGCUCCAGAACAGCCUACACAAGGCAGCAAGUCCUAGAACUGGAAAAAGAAUUUCAUUUUAACAGGUAUCUGACUAGGCGCCGCCGUAUUGAGAUAGCCCACACUUUGUGUCUCUCUGAACGCCAGAUCAAGAUCUGGUUUCAGAACAGAAGAAUGAAGUGGAAAAAAGAUCACAAACUGCCCAACACUAAGGGCAGGUCUUCUUCAGCUGGUUCAAACCAACAUUUACAGACUGUUCCCAAGGACCAUCAAACUGACUUGACAACUUUAUAGAAGAGGUGAAAUUUUCCAUUUCAUCCUUAGAAUCUGAACAGUACUGUACAUAACUGACAUUACCCCAGCAGAACCUGCAUGUAGCAGCUAAAGACUCCAGACUGUCAUCCUGCUUUAAGGUACUGUUGUACAAAGGAGGCGAAAUGACCUUACUCUGGACUUUAUUUGAAUUACCUAUAUUAGCACAACCUAAAAACUCUUCAGACAGGUAGUGGAAACCGUGAGGACAUUAAGCGAGAUCCUCUGUCCAUAAAAAGUAAUAAAUCUUGAAAAUGAAAGUGUCCUGUGUUCAGUUUUGAAUUUGAAAAUGAAGGUUUGAUGCUUUAUUCGGCUCUCUUUUGUUCGGGUUGUCUUUCCCUCCCAUGCAUUUCGAGAUGAGGCAUUUGGGCAAGUUCAGGACAGAAAUCUCUGACUAAUCUUUUAUUUCAACUCUGAAGAGUAGUAUUUGUGAACUUUUUUUGUGCUGCUUUACGUUUCUUGGUGUAAUGAAAAUUCUUGCUCAUUUCCAUAACAUCCCAGAACAAGGGCAUAAGAAUGGAGUGAAAACGGGUUAUUUUAUGUUUUCUGUUUGUAUUUGCCUAUUUAUUUAUUUACAAAUUAGAAGAAUAACGAUAGGAAGCAAAGGAAAAUAAUCAAACCAAAAAGAGGAGAAAGUCAGGGUUUCUCCUCCCCAGUCCCAUGAACAUAUGUAUAAUGCUCAGUUAUCCUGAUCUGACAGAACUUUUCGCCUCUUUUUCUGGUUUCCUUCCUUCUCUGUAAAUACGAAAUCGUUUCCGACCCUAAAAAAGUCACAUUCUGUAAAAGGUAUUUUACGUGUUUGCUUUAUUCGGCUCUCUCCUUUAACCAGCCUUUCGUAACAAAAAAGAAUAACAAGAAUACAAACUAAAAAAAAUAUUCUCAGAGUGUAGAUCAAAGCGUUCGAGGGGUGUCAUCUAAGCCAUUCUGCUUUCCAAAUAGGUGGCAUUUUCUUUGUUUUAUAUCUAUAAUGAGAGUCCCAUUUUAAAGAAAGGUGGCAUACACUUCGUUGAGAAGAUGGUAACUGUUUUGAAGCAAUCAAACUUGAAUCAAAGGCUUAGGCAUCACUAGAAGUUAGCAUUAAGGGAAAACGAACCAUUUUAAUAAAAGCUGAGCAGGUCCAUUGGGCUUUGAUUUGGACGUGGAGGCCAUGUAAAAGUUUGAAUGGAAUCGGCCUUCUUUGUAUCUCGGCUAAAAUGCUCACAAGCUGGGCUAAAUCAGCUGCCCUCCUCGUAUAAACCUCGGCUUGGAGGGAUUUACAGAUCAGCCCUGAACUCUUAAGUAAAGGGAAUAGCAAGUGUCUAGAUAUUUUAACUAGACACUGCCUUCCUCCUAUCAAAGAAAAUCCGAAAUCACAAUGACUGAGAUCUUAAAAGUGCAAGCAUCUAGUCAUAGUCAAAUUGGCUUCCGUUGGCAGCACUCUGGCAUCUGAACUUUUUACUCGAGACAACACGAGGGAAAAUGGGAUUUUAGUAGGUUGGAAAUAAAAAACCAGGGGCUUCCAAAUGAAUGUAAUCGGCAAAAUGAACUGUGCUCAACGAUGAUUUUCUGCCCUUUCCUCGUCCCUAACUCUGUAAAGUGUCUUCCAAGACUUGAUCUUUUGUUUUAGAUCCUGGAGACAACUCUUUGUUCUUCCUAAGGGUUAGCCUGGUUCUCAGACCUGCACAUGGCAAUACUUGAAUAUCUCCACGUCGUGAUAUUAAAGAUGGAUAUUCCUGCAUUAUUCGCAUCAUUGUUUCUAUGACAAAAAGCCCCGAGUUCAUACAUAGUAAAGACGUCUUUUUUCUCUGACGCCUUCACGUUGAGAAGCUGAAAAGGUAUUUUACUGAAGUUCGGCUAAAUUGCAGAAACAGGUUCAUCCAGAGGACAAAUUUUCUAUUCGAUUAGCUGUAUUUCAGCCGGGCAGAGUGACCUCUAAACCCUUAACCUCUUGGACCCGCACUCCUCUUCCUUUUCUCUAGCAUGGAGAGCAGCUAGAAGGCAGCCUUUGGGAAGGGCAUUCCUCAGACAAGUUGCGAAGUUGCUGUACCUAACUCUUUUGGUAUCGGUCUUAAAUCUCCCCAGUUGUCAAAAGUCAUGUAUUUUCUGUCAGAAGUGAUCUGAGAGGGGUGGGAGGAAGGCACUCUGGUGAGUCUGAUUUAAAGUAAGCCUCGCCAUUGUUUACCUAAAGUCUGUGCUGAGCUAAUUGUGAACCAUGCAAACGUGUUAUUUUGGGGGGAAAGCCAACGUGUUGGGCUUUGUUCAGUGUGGUUUUUUGGGAAGUCACUGAAUCAAAGCGGUUGUGUGGUUAUGACUGCGCUGCAGGGAGAAGGCCACGUUCUGCUCCCAGGCACAGCGCCCUACUGAAGCCAGCUGAAGGGACUGAAGGCAAACCAGGGUCCAUGUGCGAGCAAAAUUUGGCCCAUUGUCUUUUGAAAUGUUAAUACCGUCUGGGCGAGUGUUUGGUUCAGCAGAGGGUAUAACCCUGUUGGCAAGUCCCUCUGAGCAGGACUGGGGCUAAUGUGAGUUUGCCUGGUUCCAGUUACAUCAGUAGGCUCUGAAAAUCCGCAAAACUCCACAAAUAAAUAGUUCACAUCUGCCACCCUUCUGAAGCGUCAGGAUGUGAAUGCCUAGGUAAUAAGAAAUAAGCACGUCAAUUUGCUAUUCUCUCUCAUUUGUCCCCAUUUAACAUGAGCCCGAAGUGUUUUGAACUUUCAUGAGAGGUUAUUUUAUGUAGCUGAAGAAAAAAAGAUGUUUUUUGUUUAUCAUGGAUAAAAUGUUGUGUAUUGCAGCCUUUAGUUAUAAGAUUGCAUUGUCCAACAAUACUAUGAUAUCUGUUAACGUGUGAUGCUUUUUAUAGACUUUACCAAUGUUUUUGCUGCCACUGAUUAAAGUAUUAUUUAUACUAAUUGUCGCCUGUAGUUUUGAUGUAAGUCCUCCACAUAUAUUUGAAAUAAAAAAAAAGGUGUAGA